AUGGAUGAAGAAUGGCAUCGUUCGUUCAGAUUAGUUGGUCUUAGUGGUAUUUAUUAUGAUUCAAACGUGUGGAAUAUAGCAUUAGCAACACAUAAUCGAAUAUAUAAACAAAUUUUAUCGCAUAAAUUUAUUCAACAACGUGGUAUUUAUCGAAUUACUCGUAUUCGGCUAUGGGAAUGGUUAAUUGCAGCUGCUAAAUCAAAUAUAUUAACAAAACAUAUUGAAUUAGCAAAACAUGGUUGUACUAUGUAA